AUAGCUAAGCAAAAGAUCAGACAUGGGUUCACAAGCUGAUGAUACUCCCAAUCCUCCUCAUCAAGCCGAUCAUCCAACUUUAGAGUCCAUGCAAGCCACGCCGUCUUUCAUGGCCGGCCAUGGAGGUAGCUCAGAGCUGGAGAAGGUGCUGUCAGACACGCAGUUGCCGUACUUGAAGCGCCUCAAAUCGGCUUCGUGGAUCGAACUCCGCCUCCUGUUCCGCCUAGCCGGUCCUGCCGUCAUGGUUUACUUGAUCAACAACUCCAUGUCCUUGUCCACUCGCAUUUUCUCCGGCCAGCUUGGAAAUCUCCAGCUCGCCGCCGCCUCUCUCGGCAACCAGGGCAUCCAGUUAUUCGCUUAUGGCCUCUUGUUGGGAAUGGGAAGCGCGGUGGAGACUCUGUGCGGGCAAGCGUUUGGAGCACAGAGAUACGAUAUGCUGGGGGUGUACUUACAGAGAGCCACCGUGGUGCUCACCAUAACUGGGAUUCCAUUAAUGGUGGUCUACUUCUUCUCCAGGCAGCUCUUACUGGCACUGGGGGAGCCCAAAACGGUGGCCUAUUACGCCGCCCGGUUCGUCUACGGCCUAAUCCCUCAGAUAUUCGCCUACGCCGUCAACUUCCCCAUACAGAAAUUCUUGCAGGCUCAGAGCAUAGUAGCUCCCAGCGCGCUCAUCUCUUUAGGAACGCUGUUCUUGCACUUGUUACUGAGUUGGGUUUUCGUGUACGAGAUUGGGUUGGGGUUGAUAGGUGCGGCACUGGUGCUCAGCUUUUCUUGGUGGGUCAUUGUGGGAGGUCAGUUUGUGUAUAUUGUGAAGAGUGAUAAGUGUAAGGCCACGUGGACCGGAUUCCGGCCGGAGGCCUUCGCCGGACUGUGGGAGUUCGUGAAACUGUCGGCGGCCUCCGCCGUCAUGCUUUGCCUGGAGACAUGGUAUUUCCAGGUUCUUAUUCUCGUCGCCGGGUUGCUCAAGAACCCUGAGCUCACGUUGGAUUCGCUCUCUGUAUGCAUGUCAGUAAAUGGACUGGUAUUCAUGGUUUCAAUCGGAUUCAAUGCUGCUGCUAGUGUGAGGGUGGGGAAUGAGUUGGGAGCUGGGAAUCCCAAGUCAGCUGCGUUUUCAGUGUUGAUGGUCACCGUUGUCUCCUUCGCGGUUGCGGUGGUGGAAGCCGUCGUAGUGCUGUGUCUGCGACACGUCAUCAGCUACGCAUUCACCACCGGCGACGUCGUGGCUGAAGCUGUGUCGGACCUCUGUCCAUAUCUCGCCGUCACGCUCAUCCUUAAUGGCAUCCAACCAGUCCUAUCAGGUGUUGCUGUUGGGUGUGGAUGGCAAUCGUUUGUUGCGUAUGUUAAUGUUGGGUGUUACUACAUCGUAGGGAUUCCAUUAGGGUGUCUUCUUGGAUUCAAGUUCGACCUUGGUGCCAAGGGAAUUUGGUCUGGUAUGAUAGGAGGCACAGCAAUGCAGACCUUCAUUCUAUUGUGGGUUACAUUUCGGACCGACUGGAAUAAAGAGGUGGAGAAGAGUAGGGCACGGUUGGACAAGUGGGAAAGCACGAAAGAGCCACUUUUGAAGAACUGAAGGAGGGUAAAGUCUUGAGACAUAAGAAAGAGGUGGCAAAUAAGUUGUGCAUGGGGAGUGUCAUUGGUUGAUUAUUAGAAAAUAUAUAUUGUUUCACUCAUAGUUCAAUACUCAAUAAUAAUUCUCACAAAUUUGGUUGGCAUCAUGCUGCAUGCAGUUUAUGUUAAUGACAAUUGCCAUCUAAUAUUCAUUGCAUCUUCUAUUCUAAACAUACAAAGCCUUAAUUCGUCUAA